AUCACGUGUAUGUCAAAGGGUGGGGCCAACGGUCUCCGGGUGAGGGACGCGGACACAAACAUGGCGCCUUCCCAGGGCUGAGAUGGAUGCAGGCGGCCGGGAUUCCCGGUAGCGUGACGACACAGACAGGAAGCUGCCGGCGGCCAUGACAGGUGCGAGGGGGACGCCAACGCCACGCCCGGGUCUGCUCACAGGGAUGACAUCACGGUGACAUCACCCUCGGCCCUACCCAUGGGCCUGUCACCCGGACAUGCCCGUGACGUCACGACAGGAAUAAUCAGAGCACAGCCGGAAGUCAUCAGCCGAACAGGAAGUGACUGUCAUAACCGGAAGUGGGCAUGUGUCACAGGAAAAGACCGGUUUUGUAACCGGAAGUGACCUCCGCCGUCCCAGGACGGCACCCCGGUCGGGUCCUCCGCACAGGAAGCGCCUCCCCAGGCCUCUCCCCGCCAUGACACACGUGGGUUUCCCCGGGGUCCCCGCGUGGGCGACGCUGUGCUGGGCGUGGCCGGCGCUCUGGUGGGCGUGGCCAGCGGCGUCCGCGUCGUGGGCGUCGGCCCCGCCCGUGGUGAGCACGAGCUACGGGCGCCUGCGCGGGGUGCGGGCGGCGCUGCCGGGGGAGCUGCUGGGCCCCGUGGACCAGUUCCUGGGCGUGCCCUACGCGGCCCCGCCCACCGGCGCGCGCCGGUUCCAGCCGCCCGAGCCGCCGUCGUCCUGGCCGGGCGUGCGCGACGCCACGCGCUUCGCCCCCGUGUGCCCGCAGCCGCUCGACGCGCGCGCGCUGCCCCGCGACAUGCUGCCCGCCUGGUUCGCCGCCAACAUGGACGCCCUGGCCGCCGCCUUCCUGCGCGAGCAGAGCGAGGACUGCCUGUACCUCAACCUCUACGUGCCCGCGGGGGGCGGGGCCGACGACGGAGCCCACGGUAGGAAAAUGGCGGACGACGUCGCGAGUGACUCGGACGGGGGCGACGACGAAGGCGCGCAGCAGCACCAGGACGCCCCCGGCGGGCGCCGCCCCGUCAUGGUUUACAUCCACGGCGGCUCCUACAUGGAGGGCGCGGGCAACAUGGUGGACGGCAGCGUCCUCGCCAGCUACGGCGGCGUCAUCGUCGUCACCGUCAACUACCGCCUGGGCGUGCUCGGCUUCCUGAGCACGGGCGACGCGGCGGCGCGCGGGAACUACGGGCUGCUGGACCAGAUCCAGGCGCUGCGCUGGGUCGGCGAGAACGCGGGGGCCUUCGGCGGGGACCCCGCCCGCGUCACGGUGUUCGGCUCGGGCGCGGGCGCGGCCUGCGUCUCCCUCCUCACGCUCAGCCACUACUCGGAGGGCCUGUUCCAGAAGGCCAUCAUCCAGAGCGGGUCGGCGCUGUCCAGCUGGGCGGUCAACUAUCAGCCGGCGCGGUACGCACGGGCGCUGGCCGAGCGCGUGGGGUGCGCGGGGGGCGUGGACGGCGGGCGGCGCGCGUCUCCCGGUGACGACCCCGACGGCGACCUCCGCGACCCGGCGGUGACCUUCGACCCCGGCCGCGACCCCGCGACGUCAUCAUCGUCGGCCGCGCUGCUCGCCUGUCUGCGCGGGAAGCCGGCGGCGGAGCUGGCGCGCGCGCACGUGACCCCGGCCGCGUACCACGUGGCGUUCGGGCCGACGGUGGACGGUGACGUCAUCCCCGACGACCCGCAGAUCCUCAUGGAGCAGGGCGAGUUCCUCAACUAUGACGUCAUGCUCGGGGUCAACCAGGGCGAGGGGGCGGGGCUGGUGGGCGGGGCCGGGGACGGCGGGGGCGGGGACGGCGUGGAGGAUGACACGGACGGGGGCGGGGCCGGGGGCGUGUCCGCGGGCGAGUUCGACCUGGCGGUGGCCGCGUUCGUCGACGACCUCUACGGCGGCGGCGGCCAUGACGGCGGCCAUCUUGGCGGCGGCCAUCUUGGCGGCGGGCAGGACGCGCUGCGCGAGACGGUGAAGUUCAUGUACACGGACUGGGCGGAGCGCGGCAGCGCGGACGCGCGCAGGAAGACGCUGGUGGCGCUGUUCACGGAUCACCAGUGGGUGGCGCCCGCCGUGGCCACCGCGGAUCUGCACGCGCGCUACGGCUCCCCCACCUACUUCUACGCCUUCUACCACCGCUGUCAUGGCGGCCCCGGGGCGGGCGGCGCGGCGGGCGUGGGCGGGGCCGGCGCGGGGGGCGGGACCGACGGCGACCCCGCCCACCCCGGCCUGUGGGCGGAGUCGGGGGCGGCGCACGGCGACGAGCUGCCCUACGUGUUCGGGGCGCCCCUGGCGGCCGCGGGCGUGGCUGACGUCUUCGGCUGCAACUUCUCACGCGGUGACGUCAUGCUCAGCGCCGUCGUCAUGACGUACUGGACCAACUUCGCCAAGACGGGGGACCCGAACCGCCCGGUGCCGCAGGACACGAAGUUCAUCCACACGCGGCCGAACCGGUUCGAGGCGGUCGCGUGGUCCAAGUACGACCCGCGCGCGCAGCUCUACCUGCACAUCGGGCCCCGCCCGCGCGUGCGCGACCACUACCGCGCCGCCAAGGUCGCGUUCUGGCUGGAACUGGUUCCGCACCUGCACGGCCUCGCCGCCGACCCCGCCCAGUACGGCAGCAGCACCACGCGCGACCCCGCCCGUGACCCCGGCGCGACCUCCACGCGGCGCGCCCCGCCCGCCCGACCCCGCGCGGCCACGCGGCGCCCGGCCGUGACGUCAUCGUCGUCGUCGUCAUCGUCCUCCGCCCAGGGCGCCCCGCCCCCCGCGCCGCCCCCCGCGACCCCGCGACCCCCGGACGGCGCUGCCGUGCUCAUCGAGACGCGACGCGGGGGGCGGGACUACGCGACGGAGCUGAGCGUGACGAUCGCGGUGGGGGCGUCGCUGCUGCUGCUCAACGUCCUGGCCUUCGCCGCGCUCUACUACAAGAAGGACAAGCGGCGCCGCGAGACCAACCGCCGCCCCGCCCCGCCCGCCGGCCACGCCCCCCGCGCCGCCGGCCACGCCCCGGGCCGCGCCCCCGCGCCGUCCGACGGCCCGGCGGGGUCGGGGGUCGCGGCGGGGUCGGGGGUCGCGGCGUGCCCGUCCCGCCCCCCUGACUACGCGCUGACGCUGCGGCGCUCGCCCGAUGACGUCGCGCUCCUGCCCGGGCCCCCGCCGGGCGCGGCCACCACCGUCAUCCCCGGGUCGCUCGCGGGCGCCGCCGUGCACGGGUUCAACGCCUUCGCGCCCGCGGGGCCCGGGGCGGGGGCCGCAGCAGGGCGGGGCCGUGACGUCACACGGACACUCCACCACGCGGGUAUAGCGGGCGGGGCCGCGGCGGCCGUGGUGAUGGCGUCGCCCCUGGGAUGCACCGUGCGUUCCCAGGAUGCACCGGGGUCACCCGCCAAGCCCCGCCCCUUCCCCACGGACAGCAGAGACGUCUCCUCGCUGGGGGAGGGGCAGGGAGACUUGGGGUGGGCGGCGCGGUCCAGAGAAAUCCGGGUGCGACAGGAACAAACCGGUUUGAACCGGAUUGAGCCAGAUUGAACUUGUUUGACCUGGGUAAAGGAACCGGAUUGAACCGGAACGAACCGGUUCUGACGCGGCUCAUCCGGAUUAAACUGAAAACCCGCGCGUUGAGCGACACCGACCGUGGCUUCUCAGGCUCGAACCGGAUUGAGCUGGAAUCAACGAACCAUAUUGGGCUGCACCGAUCUGGAUUGAACCGGACUCUGACCCCGCCCUAGACCCCGCCCUGAGGUCGCGGCUGGGAGCCCCGCCCACCUCCGCUUCCCACGGCGUUGUGGGUGGGGCGCGCGCAGUGUGGCCCCGGAGACCCUGGU